AUGGAUAUCGGAACGGUCUCAAUAAAAUUAUUUGAAAAAAAAAAUUAUACCUCCAACAACGAUUUCUUUAAAACUAACGUUAUGAAUUUCCUAUAUGUACCUACUGCGACUUAUGAUUUUCCUGUUCGUGAAUUUAAUGGAAAAAAACUUAAAUUUCAAUAUCAAUGGUUCCAAAAAUGGAAUUGGUUAUCAUAUUCAAAAGUAUUUGACGGGGCAUUUUGUAAAUAUUGCGUUUUGUUUUGUAACGACUAUGUAGGAAAAGGAUCCCAUGAAAAUAUUGGUUCACUAGUUGCCAAUCCGUUUAUUAAAUGGAAAGACGCUAUAGAAAAAUGUACGUCCCAUUCUAAAGCGGAUUAUCAUCGAUUCUGUAUAAAUGCUGUAGAUAAUUUUAGUAAUGUGGUUAAUGGUAAAAUGAAUGAUGUUGCUACACAAUUAAUUUCACAAAGAAAACAACAGCGAAAUGAAAACAGAUUAGCUCUCAAACCUAUUAUGGAAACUAUAAUUUUUUGUGGUGAGCAAGAAAUUCCUCUCAGAGGUGAUAACGACAGUGGUCCAUUCUCACUUCAAAAACCACCAAAUAAGGAUGGUAAAUUUCGUGCUUUACUUCGGUUUAGGGCUAAUUCUGGAGACAACAAUUUGAAAAAACAUUUAUUAAGUUGUCAACAAAAUGCUAAUUACUUAAGUCCGACUAUAGAUAAUGAAAUAAUUGAAAUAUGUGGAAACUUAAUAACAAAAAAAUUAGUCACUGCCAUAAACAAAUCUGGUUGUUUUUCAAUUUUAUGUGAUGAAACUUUAGACGUUUCUGGAAUAGAACAACUUUCUCUGUGCGCUAGGUAUAUAAAUUUUAAAAACCAACUACGUGAAGAUUUCUUAUGUUUUAUUCCAGCCUAUGAUCUUACUGGAGAAAAUUUGGCUAAUUUAAUUUUGGAAAAGUGUGAACUAUUAGGUUUGGAUAUGAGUAAUUUAGUUGGGCAAGGAUAUGACGGCGCAGGAAAAAUGAGUGGAGAAUUCAAUGGGGUUCAGUCUAGAAUAUGGCAAAAAUAUCCAAAAGCAAUGUUUGUACAUUGCGCAGCUCAUAGAUUGAAUUUAGCACUCUCAUCAUCUUUAUCAAUCUCAAGUGUAAGAAAUAGCCUCAGCGUUAUAAAGGAUGUUAUAAAUUUAUUUAGAAACAAUGCCUUAGCCGGUCAUACUCUUAAAAAUAAUAUUUCAAAGUAUGUUCCUGAAUCUAAAAGAACUCGUUAG